GAGAUACAGGAUGUAGUUCUGCUGGGUUCUCAGCUUCCUGUGGACUCUUCGAAUCCACUAUGAAGGGCAAUUUCCACCAGCAAAUCUUCAUGGCUUUCGUUUGCAUCUUUUCUGGAUACAGGUCGCCGAGAGGAUCUGCUCCCUGUCUCCCCAAGGAUGGGUCUCCGGGGGAUGUUCUGCUUCCCCCUGGGGCUCCUCUUUGGCUCUGUGCUUUUGGUGGCCUCAGCCCCGGCCACCCUCGAGCCUCAGGGCUGCAGGGACAAGGAGCCACAGGUUACUGUCAGCCACACCUAUAAGAUUGAUGUGCCCAAGUCCGCUCUGGUCCAGGUCGAGACUGACCCCCAGCCCCUUAGUGACGAUGGGGCCUCACUCCUGGCCUCAGGGGAGGCCGAGGAACAGAACAUCAUCUUCAGGCACAACAUCCGCCUGCAGACGCCACAGAAGGACUGUGAGCUGGCAGGUAGCGUCCAAGCCCUCCUGGCCCGAGUGAAGAAGCUGGAGGAAGAGAUGGCAGAGGUGAAGGAGCGGUGUGAUGUUCAGCGCUGCUGCCGAGGAGUUGCCGGUGCCAACGGCCACUGCAGCGGCCACGGGACCUUCUCCCCCGAGACCUGCGGCUGCCGCUGCGAGCAGGGCUGGGAGGGCGCCGCAUGCGAGCGGCCCGCCUGCCCCGGGGCGUGCAGCGGCCACGGGCGCUGCGUGGACGGCCGCUGCGAGUGCGACGCGCCCUACGUGGGCGUCGACUGCGCCUACCCCGCCUGCCCCGAGAACUGCAGCGGCCACGGCGUGUGCGUGCGCGGCGCGUGCCGGUGCCACGAGGACUUCACGUCCGAGGACUGCAGCGAGCGCCGCUGCCCCGGCGACUGCAGCGGCCACGGCUUCUGCGACACGGGCGAGUGUUACUGCGAGGAGGGCUUCAGCGGCCCGGACUGCGCCCAGGUGGUGGCCCCCCAGGGCCUGCAGCUGCUCAAGAGCACGGAGGAUUCCCUGCUGGUGAGCUGGGAGCCGGCCAGCGAGGUGGACCACUACCUCCUCAGCUACUACCCCCUGGGAGAGGAGCUCUCUGGGAAGCAGAUCCAAGUGCCGAAGGAGCAGCACAGCUAUGAGAUCCUUGGUUUGCUGCCUGGCACCAAGUACAUGGUUACCCUGCGCAACGUGAAGAAGGAGGUUUCCAGCCGCCCACAGCAUCUGCUUGCCACCACGGAUCCGGCUGUGCUUGGCACCGCGUGGGUGACAGAGGAGACUGAGAGCUCCCUGGAUGUGGAGUGGGAGAACCCCCCGACCGAGGUGGACUACUACAAGCUUCAGUAUGGCCCUCUGACAGGGCAGGAGGUGGCUGAGGUCACCGUGCCCAGGAGUGGUGACCCCAAGAGCCGAUAUGACAUCACUGGUCUACAGCCCGGAACAGAGUAUAGGAUCACUGUCAUCCCCAUGAAAGGAGAACUGGAGGGCAAGCCGAUUCUCCUGAACGGCCGCACAGAAAUCGAUAGCCCAACCAACGUGGUCACCGACCGAGUGACAGAAGACACAGCGGUAGUCUCCUGGACCCCAGUCCGGGCUGUCGUAGACAAGUACGUGGUGCGCUACACCUCUGCUGAUGGGGACACCAGGGACAUGGCGGUGCCCAGGGAGCAGAGCAGCACCGUCCUGACGGGCCUGAAGCCGGGAGAGGCGUACAGAGUCUACGUGUGGGCCGAGAGGGGCAGCCAGGAGAGCAAGAAGGCCGACACCAAGGCCCUCACAGACAUUGACAGCCCCCAAAACCUGGUGACCAACCGGGUGACAGAGAACACGGCCACCGUCUCCUGGGACCCGGUACAGGCCGUCAUCGACAGGUACAUGGUGCGCUACACGUCCGCCGAUGGAGACACCGGGGAGGUGCCGGUGGGGAAGGAGCAGAGCAGCACCGUGCUGACGGGCCUGAGGCCGGGCGUGGAGUACACGGUCCAGGUGUGGGCCCAGAAGGGGACCCGAGAGGGCAAGAAGGCCGACACCACGGCCCCGACAGGUAAUGGAGCGUGCAUCAUCCCUGUGCCGGUGGGGAAGGAGCAGAGCAGCACCGUGCUGACGGACCUGAGGCCGGGCGUGGAGUACAUGGUCCAGGUGUGGGCCCAGAAGGGGGCCCGGGAGAGCAAGAAGGCGGACACCACGGCCCUGACAGACAUCGACCCUCCCAAAAACCUUCGUCCAUCUGCCGUUACACAGUCCGGGGGAGUGUUGACCUGGAUGCCCCCCUCUGCUCAGAUCGAUGGCUACAUUCUGACCUACCAACUCUCAGAUGGCACCGUUAAGGAGGUACAGCUUGGAAGAGGGAACGAGAGACUUGAGUUGCAAGGCCUUGAGCAGGGCAUCGCCUACCCAGUCUCCUUGGUUGCCUUUAAGGGUGAUCGCCGGAGCAGGAGUGUAUCUACCACCCUUUCCACAGUUGGUGCCCGUUUUCCACAUCCUUCCGACUGCAGUCAAGUUCAGCAGAACAGCAAUGUCGCCAGUGGUCUAUAUACCAUCUACCUGCAUGGUGAUGCCAGCCGGCCCCUGCAGGUGUACUGUGAUAUGGACACGGACGGAGGUGGCUGGAUUGUCUUCCAAAGGCGCAACACUGGACAGCUGGAUUUCUUCAAGCGCUGGCGGACCUACGUGGAAGGCUUUGGGGACCCCAUGAAGGAGUUCUGGCUUGGACUCGACCAGCUGCACAACCUCACCACUGGCACUGCCACCCGGUAUGAGGUGAGAGUGGACCUACAGACAGCCAACGAGUCCGCCUAUGCCGUGUAUGAUUUCUUCCAGGUGGCCUCCAGCAAGGAGCGGUACAAGCUCUCAGUCGGGAAAUACAGAGGCACGGCCGGGGAUGCUCUUACUUACCACAACGGAUGGAAGUUUACAACUUUUGACAGAGACAACGAUAUUGCCCUCAGCAACUGUGCCCUGACACAUCAUGGUGGCUGGUGGUAUAAGAACUGCCACUUGGCCAACCCCAACGGCAGAUACGGGGAGACCAAACACAGUGAGGGGGUGAACUGGGAGCCAUGGAAAGGACAUGAAUUCUCCAUUCCUUAUGUGGAGUUGAAAAUCCGCCCUCAUGGCUACAGUGGAGAGCACGUCCUGGAGAGAAAGAAGCGGACACUAGGAGAAAAUUCGAGAAUGUUCUGAUGGCCUAUUUGAACAGUCAUCACACGAGACAAGACCAGCCCAGGGUUGGGGCUAUGUAGGCUUGGGGCAAGGUGGGUAGUGGUGACUGGUUAAUGGAAAUUUGAGGGAUACUCCUGGCCUCUGGUUUCUGAGAUGGCUGGGUAACCUCCAGGACAAAGUGUGUGACCAAACUUCAGACGACACAGGUCUCUGUCACCUGCAUUUCUGCCCAUCUGUAUUGGGGACCUGCAAAUCAACACAAUAGUAUAUAUGAGAAAGAACACCGGACUGCAAGUUCGUCAGUCUGUCUUCAGUAGCAAAUAUAUGGGAUUGGGGAGUAGGGGGAAGGGAAAAGAAUCAUCUAGCACUUCCCCAGUUGUGUGUGUGUGUGUGUGUGUGUGUGUAUACAAUCUUUUCUCUAGAAAGCCAUACCAAGGAGGGGUUCUAUUUGAUGACCAAGGGACUUAACAUAGUCUGAUGCUUGUUACCUCCCAUGACCACUGGGAUUUGAGGAAAAAGGUAUAAAUCUUCACCUGUUUGAAAAAUGCUAGAUCAGGAGAAAGAAUAAAGGGACCAAGACUGAUUCACAUCGAGCUAAGUUGUGACCAGUAUCCAGCAGUCUGGGAACCAAGCUUCCGUGUUACCCCCCUUUUCAAGUUCCCCCUUCCCACAUAUUUGCAUAAUCACUUUCAGAGAUCUGCAUAUGUUGUGAAUAAAUUCUCACUCGUUUCAGCUUU